CACUCAUACAUGCACAGAAGGUGAGUUAUAUGCUGUUGAGACCUCAAUAGGUUGUCGCUUUUCUCCUCACUGCGACCUUCCACUCGUUCUUGACCCCAUAGUCACUCCUUCAAUAUGCGGUCUACCACCACCGCAGCAGCAGUCCUUGCCGCUGCCCCUCUGGCUUAUGGGUGGAACUUGCCCAACGUGUUCAAGCGCCAGAACGAUCAAUGCGAUACCAUCACUACGGAAGAGAUCAAGAAUCUGCCAAAUAAUGCGCUGUUCACUCGAUGGAGGUCACAGAGCCACUUCAUUGCUCCAGCAGGUUGGAUGAACGAUCCCGCCGGUUUCAUGUACGACCCUGUUCGAGACGAGUACCAUGGCCACUACCAAUGGCACCCUAACCACAUCAACUGGGGUAACAUCAGUUGGGGAGGUGCUGUUAGCAAGGACUUGAUCAACUGGGAAGACCAAGGUGGUUGGCGGGAUGCAGAGGCUCUCGCUCUCGGACCUACUGGAAACGGUAGCCACGAUGGCUUGGGAAUCUUCUCUGGCUCUGCUCUGUCUGUUAACCUUCAAGGUGAACAGGAUGGCACGCUGCUCCUGUUCUACACUGGAGCACAGUUCCUGCCAACAAAGUGGCUGUUCCCGUACACACGUGGCACUGAGUCCCAGUCCAUGGCUCUCAGCACUGACGGAGGCAAGACUUGGGAGAGGCUUGAGAACAACCCAGUCAUCAAUGCCUCUACUAACGAGCCACCAAUGAAUUGGGACCUGACUGGUUUCCGUGACCCAUUCAUCGAGCCUAACCCGGAGCUCGAUGCCCUUCGCGGCGUUGAGAAGCACUUCUAUUCCGUCUGGGGUUCUGGUAUCAAGGGUGUCGGUCCACGUAUGCCUCUGUGGGCCGCUCCAGCUAAUGACCUGACCAACUGGACUUUCCUUGGCUCUCUUUGGGAGCCAGCUCAGAACACAUCGCUUGGACCAAUUCUCAGCACUGGUCAGUAUGCUUACAACUUUGAGCUGUCGGGCUUCUUCCGCCUCAAGGACCGUGCUGGAGAGGAUCACUGGUACACCAACAUGGGUACUGAGGGUGGAGGUGGUCCGGACGUUCCCUUCCAUACCAACGCUCAAUGGCAGCUCUGGAACGAGGGCGAAGUUGUUCGUCGCCAGAACGGCAGCGUCGAGUUCAUCCCUACCAUCGGUGGCGCUGGCGAUUGGGGUUUGGGUUAUGCAGCAACCAGCUUCAACGACACCAAGAACAACAGGCGUGUGCAGUAUGCCUGGAUAAAGGAGGACAAUCUUGGUGACCAAGCUUUGUUCUCUGCUCCUCAGCAAGGUUUCCAAGGUGCUCUCACUAUCCCGCGUGAGCUCUUUGUUCACGAGGUUGACGGAGUUACCAACACGACCGAACUUACUGAGGCCAAGUUCGUAACAGUCAAGAACGGCACGGCUUUCACCCUGGGCGUUCGACCAGUCGAGGACGUCGCCGACGGUCUUCGUGAGGUCGCAGCAUACUCUGACUUCGCCCCCAGGACCUACGACAGAUCCACUAUUCUCCAAUCGAACACCACAUCGCACGUCAACAUCAAGGCAACAGUAAAGAACGCCACAGGACCAGUAGGCCUCACAAUCGGCGCCUCUCCCGACGGAGAAGAAUUCACAAACAUCAUCUACGAGCCCUCCAACUACACAAUCCUCGUCGACCGCCGCCAAAGCACAACCAUGGACCUCUUCAACCGCGAGACCAUCACCGGCUAUUUUCAACCCUACAAGCUCCUCAGCACCAACGAAACCGAAGAAAUUUCCUUCGACGUCUGGGUUGAUGGCUCCGCAGUGGAAAUCUACGUCAACGAGCGUUUCGCUCUUUCGGCGAGAAUUUAUCCUAGCAAGACUUGCUCGACGGGAUGGGGUGUGUUUGUGGGAGAGGAUUCGGAGGCGGAGUUCGGAAAGGUUGAGGCCUGGGAUGGAACGAAGAAUGUUUGGCCCCAGAGACCGGCAAAUAGCUCGAGUGAGUUGGUGAUUGAUACACCCGAGGAGACGAAUAAUGGGGCUUGGUGGAUUGGGAAUUAGAGGGGUUGUCGAUGUAGAGGCAGAGCUGCUGAGAAAAUGUCAUCUACGUUGUAAAAUGAAGAGAGGGAGGAAUGUAAUGAGCAUCUGACAAAGUAGCAAAGUGUAUUCUGGCAUGAGCUAUAAAGCAAGCAUUACCACUUCACCGGAAGC